CAGCUUCCUUCCUUGCGAAAAAAAUUGUAAAGGCGGCCAUUAUCAAUCGGUCUGCGCUUGCGUAGUCUUUCUUUUUGCCAACAGCCAAGAUGUCGAAGAGAGGAAGGGGAGGUUUGGGAGGAGCGAAGUUUCGCGUGUCCCUCGGUCUUCCGGUGGGGGCCGUGAUCAACUGCGCCGACAACACUGGAGCCAAGAACCUUUACAUUAUCUCUGUGAAGGGAAUCAAGGGUCGUCUGAACCGACUUCCCGCUGCUGCCGUUGGCGACAUGGUCAUGGCUACCUGCAAGAAGGGAAAGCCAGAACUCAGAAAGAAGGUACUGCCAGCAGUCGUGAUUCGGCAAAGAAAAGCGUACCGGCGAAAAAAUGGAAUAACGUUAUACUUUGAAGACAAUGCGGGUGUGAUAGUGAACAACAAAGGAGAAAUGAAGGGAUCCGCGAUCACUGGCCCCGUCGCCAAGGAGUGUGCUGAUCUCUGGCCCCGUAUUGCUUCUAACGCCCCCAGCGUUGCCUAAUUCCUCUCUUGUUGGCAAAAUAAAUGCUUAAAAAGACA